AUGCUUUUUGGUCGGAGAUUACUGCCAAUCAAGAAGAUUGCUAGCAAUUUACGCAGGAAUAGUUCCAAGACAUUGAUAGAUGAUAAAUUUACGCUGUUGACUUACAAUCUGCUUUCUCCAUACUAUAUGUGGCCGCAGGUGUACACGUAUGUUCCGGAUGAAUAUAAGGACUGGAAGUAUAGACACAGAUUACUGGAAAAUGAGCUUCUGAGCCGUUACAGGGCUGAUAUCAUGUGUCUUCAGGAAUUGACGGCGACGGACUACUAUCAGUACUGGGAACCAGUGAUUGAUAGAGACUUCAACUACGGUUCGAAGUACAUUGCAAAGCCCCCACCACAAUACUGGAAACGGGAGCCGAGCGACAUGGAUGGGGUUGGAAUUUUUUAUAAUUUGAACAAAUUCGACUAUAUCUCGUCAUCCAGCGUCUACUUGAAUGAUCUCAUAGGGAGCUUUGAUCUUAACGAGUUGUCCUACCUGAAAUCCAAGAUGGUUAAGCUGACAGAUGGUGCGGGAAAUCCAACCGGUGAACAGGCGUUGUUGGAAGUUCUGAGAAAUCGAAAUCAGGUAGGGCUUUUCGUUUCACUAAAGCAUAAAGACACCGGCACGAUUUUCGUAGUGGUGAACACGCAUCUCUACUGGAAAUAUGAUGAAGUGAAAUUGACACAAUGCAUCAUCAUAAUGAGAAGGCUGGCAAAGAUCAUCAAUACUUUAUUGGUUGGUGAACAUGACACCACUUACAGCAAGAUGAAAGUACUAUUCGCAGGAGACUUGAAUUCGCCCAGAGAUUCUUCAGUGGUGAAGUUCUUGAGAGGCGAAAUAGUCAAGUAUGACAACUUGGAUAUCGCGAACCCAUUGAGGCCAUAUCUCAAUCGCUGCGUUUUCGAAGAUGUCUCUGCCGAUUUAUUUGAGCACACAUGCUACUCCGGGAAGUUGAAGGGCAUAUUCGACUAUAUAUGGUACCAUAACAAGGACUUUGAACUGACUAAAAUCCUCAGCGGAGCAGAUGUCUCAAAAGAGCUGCGGAACUCUAAUGAGUUUGGGCUGCCAAAUAAGAACCACCCCAGCGAUCACAUUCCAGUUCUUGGGGAGUUCAAAAUCCUGUGA